AUGCGACCCGCUCCUGACCUCGCGCCUUUCCAUCGAAAACCCUCCCUCGACCACCCCUCCCCAUCUCUCGAUCCCCGCACUUUUCUCCAGACCCCCACAGCGUUCUUCCUAUCGCGCAAUCCGGAUGCAUCCGAUCUAGAGUCGCUUGCAAGUCCAAGUCCAACCAUGGACGAGCCAAGCGACUCGAAAGACAGCAUGUACGGUGUUCACAGCCUCGGCGAUUCUCUACUGCAUUCCCCGUCAGCCGCAAGCUCGCCGCGCGUACCUCCUUCCGAUAGUCACGCCGCCGACAACGACAACAGUUCCUUGCACAUCCCCGACGAAGCAGAGGAGCUCCAAGCAUCGCGGCGACGAUCAACACUCAAGCCAGCUGACGCCAUGUCUCGAGAUUCGCCUGUCCCACCUGUUGUCCCCAAUACCAUCUCCCGGCCGUUAACCCCGCUCAACCCCGAUGAUGCGCUCUCCUUGCCGGGAAGCAGCCCUAGGUCUGUCUCCAACUACUCGUUGCGACCGCUCGACGACAUUUCGAUCACAGAUGACACCAACAGUCAAGCGGUCUUAUCGGGGGACGAGGACGAAAGGAUUAGAAGACCGAGUCCAUCGCCGCACGCGGGGUUUAAUGGAGCAUCUCAGUUCAUCAUGCCAAGUAUCGAGAUGCCCAGCCGACGACCAUUCACGGAACGGGGAAAAGCGAUGGGAAGGUUCAAAGUCAUGAUUGCUGGAGCUUCAGGCUCGGGAAAGACAUCGCUCAUCAAAUCAAUCGUCCACACUUGCGAGGACAUUGUUCACAUCGAUCCAAUUGAUACUUCCUCCCACAGUACCUCGCUCGAGCGGCGCCGUUCGUCACGACCCCACUCUGGAUCUGUCCCCACUCGCGGGAUGCCCGCCGCUACCACCGAGAUCUACGCUAGCACCAAACCGUAUCCUCCGUGGUGGUCAGACCUGGAAGACUCGCGCGUGCUCCGACGCCGAAAGAGUAUCGGCGAGAUCAUUCUGGAGCGGAAUCUCUGUUUUGUGGACACUCCGGCUAUUUCACUGAGUCGGGCUGGUCAAACCGAUGCCAUCUUGCAGUACAUGGGACAGCAGUUUACCCGGGCCACCGCUGCUCUUUCAGGAUCCAGUGUGGAUUUGCAAAAUCUUCUUGCAGGAAAUGGAGGCUCUCAGGUGGAUGCGGUUCUUUACCUCAUAUCCAACGAUACAUUGUCUGUGGAUAUGGAAUGCAUCCGCAAGCUCUGUCAGCUGAGCAACGUCAUCCCCGUGAUUGCCAAAGCCGACACACUUUCCCCUGAGCAAAUUGAAAUGACCAAAGUCCGUUUCCACCAAGAUGCUCAACUUGCCGGCGUCAAGCCCUUCCUCUUCGGUGCACCCCCGGAAGGAUUGGAAGGACUUGACCCCCAGCCACCAUACACCGUGUCAUCUGUUCGAACAGCUGAUCUAGACGUUAUGGACGCCAGCACAUUGAUGAGAUCAGAUUACCAACAACCACUUUUCCCAUCCGACCUAGAAAUUCUGGUCGAAAAGCUCUUCGACCGCGAGUAUCUGGCAUGGAUGCGCCAUUCCGCUGCAAAGAAACUCGUCCAGCGAGGAGGGGACUUUACAGCACCAAUCCCUUCGCCAAUGGGCCUGCCAACCCAAGAUGGACGAUCUGCAUGGCGCGCAUCAUCGGGCAUGUCACUGGACCCUUCCGUCUGCUACGGCGACAAUUCCCGUCCCUCACGACAAAGCUACGCCAUGGCCCGAUUCGUCGAUCUCAGCCGCCACGAAGAACAAAUGGCACAAGUCCGCCUGGCCCACUGGGCAACCGAUCUCCAGAGAAGUCUACAGAACGAAAGGGACCGCUACGCUUCUCUCGCCCGAGGCGAUAGAGCCGUCUGGCUGACAGAGAAGCUAAGCGAAUGCGUGAUGGACGGCUCGCUCAUCCCCGUCUCAAAGACUCCUGGAUUCUGCGGGUUGAACAUGCGAUCCAGCGAGAAGAUGCGCGCGCACGCCGACUACCACGUCUCCCUCAGUUCUCACGAUCCUCUGGGCGUCGUUGGAUGGAUCGACGAUCUUGGACGGCGUGGAUGGGUUCUGGUCCAGAUCGUCGGGAGCGUGGGUGUCGUGGGUGGACUUGCGUUCUGGCUUGCGCGGACCUUGGGUCUUCCCACGCGCAGUCUGGCGGAUCUGCAUCUUGAGCACUGGUAUGGAGGUUUUGAGCGCUAG